UCACUCGUUCUUCAAUUCUCUCCUCCGCGACUAGUAUCAAGUCCAGUCCAAAUCUCGGAGGGUGACUGUUACAGUCAUGGAGCUGAGAUCGGAUUCACGAUCGACUUCGUUUUCUUCUCUCCUGCUCGUUGCGUUUCUCACUGUAUUAAGCGGACUCGUUUCCAGGACCGAGUCGGCUCAGCAACCUUUCCGCCGCGAGCCGGGUCACGCUCACUGGCAUCACAGCGCGUUCCUCGACGUACGAGAGAGCGUCCGAUCCGAUGUCCGCCGCAUGCUUCACUCCCGCGCUGAGGUACCGUUUCAGGUUCCUCUAGAAGUGAAUGUAGUACUUGUAGGUAUGAAUGGGGAUGGAGGAUACAGAUACGCUGUGGAUCCUCACAAAUUGGAGGAGUUUUUGAAAGUUAGUUUCUCUACUCAUAGGCCUUCAUGCCAAGAGACUGGGGAGCCGCUCGAUAUUGAGCAUCGACUGGUUUACAAUGUGUUUCCUGUUGGACAGCCUGAACUAAUAGCUCUGGAGAAGACAGUGAAAGAAGCCAUGGUACCUGCUGGGACUGCUUUAGAGGCUGACUUUGGAAGAUACUUACCGGCCUAUGACGUAGAGGCAACAAAAGUUGAGUCCGCAUUUAACCGGCUUUACUCUUAUAUUUUUGAUAUGGAUGUGGGAGCUGGAUCAACAGGAACCGCGGAUAAACCCUUACCAAGUGCCAUAUUUGUAGUGAAUUUUGAUAAGGUAAGAAUGGAUCCUCGAAAUACAGAGAUUGAUCUAGACAGCUUGAUGUUUGCAAAGCUACCAGAGCUUAGUGAUGCAGACAAGGAGAAACAAGAGGCAGAUUAUAUUUAUAGAUACAGAUACAAUGGUGGCGGAGCAUCCCAAGUUUGGCUUGGAUCAGAUAUGUUGUCAUAGAUUUGUCUGCCGGGCCUUGUACAUAUGGGAAGAUUGAAACUGAAGAGGGAAGUGUUAGUCCCAGAACAUUGCCAAGGAUACGAAACAUUGUGCUUCCUGGAGACGUUAGGCCUGUUGGUCAUCAGUCUACACACGAUA